CUGAACACACCCACUUUCGCUGCUGUCUCUCUCUCUCUCUGACAGACAAGGCCUGCCUGCACUGCCCAAGUGAUCCGCUCCCACAGAGAAGCCGCUUCAUGUCUCAAACUGAACCGGAGCUUACACAGCUGAAUCUGUGUGGGAAUAGCUGAGCAUCAGUACCAGUGCAGUGUAACAAGCCCCUGCACAACUCAUCAGGAGAACCCGAUCAAGCUGCAGCAGAGAUGGAGACGGUGGUUAGCGGAGAGCACAGUCUGUGUGUCGAUCAGGAUAGGGACAAUAAACCAGCACCGGGCCUCCCUGAGGUGAACGAGAAUGGAGUCGGGGUAACCGCAGCAACACAGUUUGGUGCAGGAGACCAAAUGACUAAAGAUUCUUCCCCUGUCUCAGAUGAGCCUGUUUCAGAUGCUUCUGAUGUAAAGAGUACGCCAUCUUCAGAAGGAGGACCCUUGGACCUGUCUUCACAAGAGGUCACAACAGAAGGAGAGGAGCAAAUUAUGGCCUUUGUUGGAGUUCAGCAGAGUUACAGGCAACAGAGCAUUAUUGAGAGGAUUGGAACUGAGAUAGGCCCAAGUGAGCAAACCAGUCUAAUUCUUCAGGAACCGCUUGUACCCCUGAGCACGAUGUGGACUGAGGAGGCAGUGACCAUGACCCCAUCAGUCACCGAAGAGGCAUUGCUCAUUCCGGACAAUUCACAGAUACCAGACAUUACUCAAGAUAAGUCUAGGUUGGAAGCAGUAAGCUUUGGAUUAGAAGAGAGGCAAAUUUGUGAGGAAACAAGCCCUCCAGAUACUGGUCACACUGUUCCAGCAACUUCAGAACAGCCCAGAGAACAGGAGCUGCCUAAGAGUAUGGAAAAGGAUUUGGGAGAGCUCUCGCCUGAGGCUAUUGGAGCUCUGAGCCUGAUGACUAAAGAUGGUGCAGGAGAAUCAGCUGACAUGACCUUGAUAAAUGGAAGAGUUCAUGAAGCUGAGUUUGAGACUGCAGAUAUGAAGCUAACUGAAGACAGUGAAUGUGUGGAGGGUCUGAGCGAUGCCAAAUUCAGAGAGCUGGGGGAGGAUAUCCAGCUUACAGAUAAUCAUUUUAAAGCAGUGAAUCAGAUGGAAGAGAUUGAAGAUCAACAGCCACCUCCAGCCAUUCGGGAAGGAGACAUGGGGCCUGCCCAAUCACAAACCCUGGCAUCUCAGAGGAGUAAGAGUGAAGAAGAUCUGCCUGUGGCAGCAGCGAAAGCUCAAUUGCCUGUUGCAGGAGAAGAAGGAAGCAAACCGCAGGCACCCUGCCCUGAGAACAAGACCAAGAGCUCCACACCUACAUCUGCAAAAACCUCAAAAGCUAGGCCUCAGGCCUCUGCUACUCCUAAAAGGCCUACUACAGCUGCCCGUAGCAACAAAUCUUCCAGUCUUGUCUCCACCCCCAAAAGACCUCAGUCCACUACAAGCCAAGAUGGUACAGGAGUUAAAGAGCAUAGAGCAAUUAAGGUAACAGAGACAAGGAAGACUCCAGGAUCACAACCAUCUGGUCUCAGAAUGCCAGGAAGUGUUGGUGCAAAGACCCCCCCGAAGCCUGCAGCUGCCACAAAGGGAACACCUCAUUCUCCUGAUAUAAAAAGGACAACAGCAAAGGUGGAGCAGAAGAAAUCAGGAAAAGGUGAUUCAGCAGCCAAAGCAGGUGGCAGUGGCAGUGGAUGCAGUAGUCCUGGUACUCCUGGCACUCCCAGCAGUCGCUCUCGUACACCUUCCCAGCCAGCUACAGGAGCGACCAAGGAAGUGAAGAAAGUGGCGAUUGUUCGUACGCCUCCUAAAUCCCCAGCAGCUUCCAAAACACGGACAGCCCCUGUUGCUGUGCCUAUGCCUGAUCUGAAGAAUGUCAGGUCCAAAAUUGGAUCAACAGACAACAUUAAGCACUCCCCUGGCGGGGGCAAGGUACAAAUUGUACACAAGAAAGAAGAUUACAGCAGUGUGCAGUCAAAGUGUGGGUCCAAGGAAAAGAUCAAACAUGUUCCAGGCGGAGGCAAUGUGCAAAUUUUGAACAAGAAGAUCGACCUGAGUCAUGUUUCCUCAAAAUGUGGUUCUAAGGAUAACAUCCAUCACAGGCCAGGUGGUGGGAAUGUGGAGAUAAAAUCGCAGAAGGUCGACUUUAGGGAUAAAGCUCAGUCUAAAAUUGGUUCAAUGGACAACAUCAGCCACACCCCAGGAGGGGGUACAAAAAAGAUUGAAUCUCACAAGCUGACUUUCCGUGAGACAGCCAAAUCUCGCACAGAUCAUGGUGCAGAAAUUGUCUACAAAUCCCCGACUGUUUCCAAUGAAGGCUCCCCACGCCGCCUCAGUAAUGUGUCCUCCACCAGCAGCAUCAACAUGGUGGAGUCGCCACAGCUUGCUACUCUCGCUGACCAGGUCUCAGCCUCUCUGGCUAAACAGGGUUUGUGACUGUUGCUUGAAAAGCCCUCCUUCCUUCACAGCAGUUUGCAGGUGUCUAACAUGAACUGGUGUCGGACCAUCCUGAGCCCUCUCUAUCUCGCUCCUUGCACUGUCCUCUGAAGCAUUUGGUCCAGCUAUGUCAAAAUAUCUGGCCAUUCACAGACAGUGAUGCUUUGUUGUAUUUUGUAUGCCCUUGCACGCCCAAUGUGUUAACUCCUGAUCUGCGACCCUUUAGGCUUUGUGAGAAGACUAGCACUUGAGGUGUGGUUAGUCCCUUUAUUUAGAGGUUUGGGGGCCUAAGUACAGAAAGCACUAAAAGCAAGUGGGCAGGUACAAAAAUAAAUUUAAUAUAUGAAUAGAAUUUUGAUUUUUGUUUCAAGCAGCUGGAAUAUGGAGGGGUGGGAAUUAUGUUGCAGAUAUGUGAAGUAUUGGUUAAACCACAUGUAGAGUAACUGCUCAGUUUUGGAAACUGUACCACAGGAAGGAGAUAGUGUCCUCAGAGAGAGUGCAUUUGCACUUCCACCAAAUUGAUAGUCCAGUUAAAAUGGCUGUGUAAAGUGAGAAUGUGUUACACAGAUAAGGAUGCUAUUCCCUUGAAUGUAGAAGUUAAGAUGGUGUUUAAUUGAUGUUUCAUUAUUGAUGAUGAUUAUAGGAAUUGAGAGAAAAAGUAUUUGUGCUGGUGGGAGCGGGGGAAUGAAGGGGCUAAAGCUCAAAGUGGUCGGGAAUCCUGUCUCUCAAAGUGAAGUAGAAAUAGGGACUCUCUUCAACCACAAGCUUUUGGAAUUGGUGUCAACGGAUAAUUUCAAAUCUCUGACUGUUAUGGUUUUGUUAAGACAGUGUUAAGCAUGAUGUGACCAAUGUGGGUAAAUGAAGUUAAGAUAUAGAUCAGCAAUGAGCUGGUUGGAUGGUGGAGCCAGUGGAAGACUCUCCUCCUCUUUGUGUUCCCUGUUGUGUGUCUCCUGGUAGUGAUCGCCACUCUGCUUUAUCCAAUGGGACACACAAUGCAGUUUACCCCGGGUUUGUGAGCAUUGCUGCCAAGACCCAAGCUCCCUCCUGAAUUGUUGGAGUAAGAGUUGUGAAAUCACCAUGCCUUGGGUGUGACCUACAGUCUGUCUUCUCAACAUCAAUAACCCUAAGAGCUUUACUUAAAGGGUGUUUUUUUUUCUGAACGGCGUUUAGUAUUUUGUGUUUUGUGUGAGGAACAUCUUUUUGAAAUCGCCCCUGUAAGACCCUAGCUCAGAUUUAAGAUUCUGUCCCUUGUUCCUACCAGAGAAAACUGUCUGUCAGUCCACCCUGUCAAAUCCUUUGAUUAUAUUAAAUGUUCUGUUAUGUGGCCUUUAAUCUUCUCUACUCAAAGGACUACAAGUCUGGUGAAUGCAGCCUGUUCUCAUAGUUUUCCACUUUCAGCCCUGGUCCAGUUUUGAUGACACUGAUCAAUUUAAGCAGCACACGGGGAAUGACAGACUAUCCUGUUCACCGGCACCUUGCAGUUCUUCCUGUUCAAAUUUAGUGCAGUGUAAAACUGACAGAACAGCCAGACAGGCCCAGACACCCUCCAAACCGGCCCAGACACCCCUCCCCACACUGUCCAACCUGGCCCAGACACCCCUCCCCACGCUGCCCAAACCAGCACAGACACCCCUCCCCACACUGCCCAAACCGGCCCACACAGCCACCCCCCACUGUCCAACCUGGCCCAGACACCCCUCCCCACACUGUCCAAACCAGCCCAGACACCCCUCCCCACACUGUCCAAACCAGCCCAGACACCCCUCCCCAUGCUGCCCAAACCAGCCCAGACACCCCUCCCCACACUGCCCAAACCAGCCCAGACACCCCUCCCCACGCUGCCCAAACCAGCCCAGACAGCCCACCCAACACUGUCCAACCUGGCCCAGACACCCCUUCCCACACUGCCCAAAUCGGCCCAGACUCCCCUCUCCACACUGCCCAAACCGGCCCAGACACCCCUGUCCACACUGACCAAACCGGCCCAGACACCCCUGUCCACACUGUCCAAACCAGCCCAAACACUCCUCCCCUACACUCUCCACACUGGCCCGGAUACCCUUACCCCACCAUUCAAUACUGGCCCAGACACCCAUCCCCACAGUCUCCAAACCAGAGCAAACACCCCACUGCCAGAGUGGCCCAGACAGCCCUCCCCCCACUCUAUAGACAGGCCCAUCCACCCCUCCCCAACAGUUUGUCUGGCAGUCACUGAAUGCCGGCCUCUUCAUUGUGAUCAGUUUUAUCUGGCGUGUGUUUUUCAGCCUAUGUUUCAGAUGCAAUCUGAGUUGGUUUGAUUGAGUUCAGUUGGUGCUAUGAUACGUGAGGUUGACACUGGAGUGUGAUCCAAGUUGUGCCUCAUUGAACUUAACUGGUCAAGGGGUCAACGGUCAAACAAGUAUGGGUCUGAACGCCUUGGACCAUGGAUUAGAAUUUAGUGUCCUCAUCACAAUAUGGGUCAGGGGAGGGCAGUGAGCACAACAUUGCUUUCCCCACAACGAUCAGUGUAUGAUUGAUAGCCUGGCAUAGCCACAACAAAAAGACUUAUCUCAACCUGAAGCUUCUCGGACUGAAAAGAGAUAAAAUGUCAUGCUUUGGUUUAAUUUACACUUUAUAAAAUCCUCAUCGACAACCCCUUAACUCUGGCUACAUUAACCCAUUCAACCCAAGGUGGGAGGUGGUCAUCAUCGAAAAGUCCAACAUUCAUUGAUUAAACAGAAUGUCUAACUUGGCCAUUUCAAAGGGUGGCCAAGGAGGGCCUGUAGUCACAUGUAGGCCACACCAGGUAAGGACAGCAGAUUUCCCUCCUUAAAGGAUAUGAGUGAACCAGUUCAGGGUUUUUGACAAUCAGUGAUUAUUUCAUGGUCACCAUCGCUCAACCUGGCUAUAUAUUCCACCUAUAUUAAAUUAAAAUUUCAAUGCUGCCAUGAUGAGAUUUGAAUCCAUUGCCCUCAGAGAUUUGUUAUCACUACAUCACCGUCUACUCAACUCUGAUGUCAGGAUAUCGAAAGAUUCAGCGGACGUUAUGGACAGUUUGAAUUUUCAUUAUGCUUUCAUUAUAACACCUAAACUCCUUGAUUAGAUUCCAGUCUGUGCCCCACUGAAACCUCUUACUAAUAUUCUGAUGUGUAACUCACAUCAGGGUAUCAGUUAUUCUAUACAACCCACCUAUAAAGUCUGUGCCCUCAAUCAUUUGCACUCAUAUUGUGCAUAUGCUAGUCUUUCGUUUGCUAUGUGUUAUGGAAGAUUGUUUUAUACCUGGAUAAUAUUUUCUCCAGCUUUGUCCUUUAUGGUAAGGGUUGUGACCGCAGCAGGUUCAGGUUGCACUAUCUAUUUAAGGAGGGCAGAUUAGUGAACUCUCUCUCUACAGUGAUCCCUCACUCACCAGUGAUUUCACUCCCUGUAGUGAUUUUUAUUUUCACUGAUCUCACUGCCCAGUGAUCUUUCUGUCCAGUGAAUUCUCUCUUCAGUGAUUAUUUGCUGAGACAUAAAGUUUAAGAGCAGGAAAGUAAUGCUCAAACUGAGUGUAACAUUGGGUUAGGCCCCAACUUGAAUAUUAUGUGCAUUACUGAAAUUCACAUUACCAGAGGGAUGUGAUUGUAAUGGAGACCUGCAGAGGAGAUUUACCAGGAUGUUGCCUGGACUGUAGAGUUUCAGUUAUGAAGAGAGAUUGGACAGACUGGGUUGUUUUCCUUAGAGCGGAUGAGACUGAGAGGGUGACAUGAUUGAGAGGUAUAAGAUUAUAGGGGGCAUAGAUAGGGUAGAAGGGAAGAAAUCUUCUCCUUGAUGGAGGGAUCAGUGACCAUGGAGUAGCGAUUUAAGGUAGAAAGUUUAGAGAAGAUAUGAGAAAAUCUUACUUUAACCGCAUGGGUGGUGGGGAAUCUGAAACUCACUGCCUGUAAGGGUGGUAGAAGCAGAAGACUUUAUAAUAUUGAAAAAGUAUUUAGAUGUUUCUUGCAAUUCCAAGGCAUACAAGGCAUUGGGCCAAGUGCUGGAAAUGAGAUUAGUUAGGUAUUGUUUCUACGAUGGGCAUUGUCUUGAUGGGCUGAAGGGCCUUUUUCUGUGCAAUCGACCUUGAUGACUUUUUGUCUAGUGAUCACUCUCUCCAGUGAUCUCUCCCUGCAGUGAACUCUCCCUUUCUAGUGAACUCUCUGCUUUUUCUCUCUCUCUGAUGCUCUCCCUGUCUCCAGUGCUAAGUGCUUCCUGUCUCCCUCCAGUGCUGUCUGUCUCCAGUGAUCUCUUUCUCUUCAGUGCUUGCUUUUUCUCUCUCUCUCUCUGUCCCUCUCUCUCCAGUACUCUCUCUUGCGUUCUCCAUUGCUCUUGCUCUCUCUCUCUCUCUCUCUCUCUCUCUCUCUCUCUCUCUCCGGUCCUCUGUCAUAAGUGUUCAUUCUCUCCAGUUCUCGCUCUCUUUCACUCCAGUGCUUUCUCUCUCUCUCUCUCUCUCUCUCCCUCUCUUCCAGUACACACACUCUCUCAUGUGAGGUCUCUCUGCAGUUGUCACGGUCCAGUAUUGUCCAAUGACCUCAAUGCCAUUGAUGACAAUUGUAUCGAUUUUCAGGAUGUUUCUGGUGGCUGUGAAUGAGGAUUUAGAUGAGAAAUGCCCUGAGAGCAGACUAAAUAGUUGCUAGUGCCCAGGAGGCUGGAUCACUGCCUGUCCCACAGUAAGCAAGCAACCCCAAGAGUGCCCAGGAGAGAGCAGGUUGUGUUUUUACUGUACUGAAAAUGGACCUCUAUUGGAACAGUUAACUGGAUAUAACUGACUCCUCGUGCCUCUGUCACUGAUCCCAUGAAAGGGUUUUGAGAAGAUCUCUCAUUGACUGAGAGUGAAGUCUGAGGAAAUGACCAGUUUUUACAGAGCAGACUAAGGAGUCAUUAUAAAGACAAGAGACCUGACCUAGAUGGUAAUGGGAUGUUUAAUAAACUGACAGCACAGCCAGCCAUUCAGACCAAUGAUUUCAAAUCCACAAUUGCCAGCUUCCAUCAUAAUGACUGCUUCAUGUUAUUUCUUUCCCCUCCAUUCCCUUCUCCCUAAGGUAUAUAUCGAGCCCACUCUUCUGUGAGUACCAGUUAAUUAAUUCAACCACAGCAUGUAAAACCUGCCCCCCCCCCCCCCCCCCCACCCACAACCACCAAUUGGAGUGACUCCUAAUGUUGGUGUCAGGCAAUGGGCUAUGAUAUUGAUCCCACUGUAACUGUUUAAGGGCUUCAGUUGUCACUGCUGGAAACUAUUACUCUGCUCAAGUUCAGUACAUUGUAUUUGAUUGUCUUAAUAUUUGUGGAAAAACUUUCUUCAUGUAGAACCCAAAUUCAGAAAUGUGAUGAGUAUAUUGUAAUUAGCUGGUAUUGAAUGUACAGAAAUAGCUGUGGAAUGAGGCAGACUGAGAACUGAUAGAAGCCUGCACAGCACGGACUUUGCUGGACCUCUUGCUUUAGAAAGAUCAACCCUUACUCAUGGUCAGUAACCAGUUGCAUCCAAACCAAUUGCAUCCAAACCACUUCUUGUCAAAUGAUUAAAUCAACUUCUUUAAAUCUGAAAUUGCUCAUCCCUGCAGAGACUCACAGGAGCUCAAGAUAUGCUGCAGUUAGCUGAACGUUUUCUGAUUGGGGCACUCCCAUCAAGCAGGAUGAGGCUCUGUGCUGGGAGCUGAAAGAUGCUGUUUCAGAAAUCUGAAAGAAGCUGGAAUCACUGGGCAGGUGUUCAUUUUAGCCACUCCUGUUUUGGCUGUUCAACAGGAUUGUGGCAGAAACACUGUUCAAAGGCUAAAUGGAGUUUCCUCUGCACUCUGAUGAGAUUACACAAGCGAAGUGAGAGUAACUGUGGGGAAUAUCUGGCCAAUCUUUUCUCCAAUUUGAUCACCAAUUCUACGACUUGCAGAUUGCAUCAAUUUACUUUGAGUCGAUUGCUACAACUGACAAAUUUAUUGUUUCACUUUUAAACAAUCAGUGAUUAUUCAGUACAUUAUGAGCUGCUCUUGUCUCAGUGUUGGGGAGGUACCUGUUACAGUGAAGGAACCCCUUGUUCAGUUCUGAGCUGCACUGUUAACACCAACCUGGCUCUAACUGCUACAGGAAGCAUUGGACAGGGUGAUUCAACAGGUGGAUCACUUACCAAUCCUGGAGAUUCUUGGUGCUGAGAGACAGACUGAAAGCAGGAUAAAGGUGUCCGAAGUGACUUCUUGUGCUCACUGUCAACACUGAGUCUUGUAGCAACUUUCAGGAGCCACAUUUCUCUAAAAGUGCUGAGGAAUGGGAGUAGCAGGGUUUGGGAGAGGCUAUUAGACCAUCCAAACUGAUCUCUUUGAACAGACCUUUCUUCUCAUCCUACUCUAGGUUUUUUCUGGGCUCAGGCAGGUUAGUGCCAAAAUGAAGGUAUGUUUAGUGGCAGCUGCACAUUGUUUCUUAAAGCUUGCUCUUUGAGGUGUGAGACAUGGUAUUUUAAUCCCGAUGGUAACAUCUUUGCUAAUGUUCAGUGGCUUUGCUUCGUGUCUGUGAUGUUCAUUGCUGUAACUGUUUUAAUCACUGGUUUACAUUGAUAAUCGUUGCUGUAAAAGUAAAAGUUUGGAAAUAAAGUCUGUGUAACAACUUG